UCAAGGUUUUUAAUUUACAGUUGUGGCGAAUGUGCGGCUGGGAGCUGACGUUUGUUGGCGGGUGAUUUAUUUCUCAUUUUGCUCCAAGACCUCUGUUAUUGUUGUUGUUGUGCUGGUGCUGGUGGUGGGAGAGCGAUGGCCAGGCCGGUGAGGACCAAGAAAGUUGUAGAUUAUUCACAGGGUGGAGAUUUUGAUGAUGAUGAAGAUUUUGCAUAUGUACCAGCUCCUCCAAGUAAAAAAUCACAUCUAAUAACUAAGGAUCAGAAACAAAAAAAAGGAAAGAGAAAUAACAUUUCUGGCAGUCAAGAUGCAAAAACUGAAAAGGAACGACCUAAAGAAAGGUUGCCACUUGAUGAAAAACUUUAUCAAAGAAAUCUGGAAGCUGCGUUAGUCCUAUCAGUGCAAGAGCCAACCAGUGAAGAUAAGAUUACUACUGAAAAUGAAGGUUCCUCAGUUCGAUCUAGACCAAAGCGAGCAGCAACAGGAGCUGCAUCACAACCAAAGCAAAUUCUACUUGAUGAUAGAGGUAGUGAUGGUGAUGGUGAAGGUGAAGAGGAUUCUGCAGGUGAACUGGACUACAUAGUGGGUGAGUAA